GUUCAGUGCCUGCGGAGUAUAUGAUAAUAUGACAAAUCUCAGCAAACAGGAAGCAUCGCUACAAUAUUAUAUACUAGAUGAGGAAGCAGCCAGACCACACACACCCACACACCCCGCUUCACGUUCUCAAUAAUGGCGCCGUUCCCACGUCGUCUUCCGGCCGCCGUGCCACUUCUCCUCCUCCUCGGCGCCGCAGUGGCCAGCGCCGGCGCGGAGGACACCGAUGGCGGCAACUCCCGCCGGCGGCACUCCCGCUUGCUGUUCGCGUUCGGCAACUCGCUCACCGACACGGGAAACGGGGCCAUCUUCCCGGUGACUGCAGGCGGGCCAUUCACCCGGCCGCCGUACGGGGAGACCUUCUUCGGUCGUCCCAGCGGCCGGGCUUGCAACGGCAGGCUCGUCCUCGACUUCCUCGUGGAGGAGCUGAAGGUGCCAGAGCCGACGCCGUACCUGGCCGGCAGUACGGCCGCCGACUUUGCGAAGAACGGGGCCAACUUUGCGCUGGGUGGUGCAACGGCGCUCGACCAGGCGUUCUUAGCAAGCAAGGGGAUAAAGUCGUUCGUGCCCAUCUCUCUCAUCAACGAGACGAGCUGGUUCCAGAACGUUUCGAAGCUACUGGACGCGUCACACUACGAUGAGCGUAAGAUCAUGGCGAAGUCGAUCUUCUACGUCGGGGAGAUCGGUGUCAACGACUACUUCGCCGCCCUAAGCAACAACGACUCCGUCGACGUCGCGGUCAGCCUGGUGCCGCACAUCAUCGACACCAUCCGUUCGGCCCUGACCGUCAUGAUCGAUGCCGGGGCGAGGACAGUGGUGAUCACGGGGAUGCUACCGAUCGGCUGCGAGCCGCAGCAGCUGGCCCAGUUCGCAGGCGGCCCGGCCGGCGACUACGACCCUACCACCGGCUGCAUCACGCGGUUCAACCAGCUCGCCGAGCACCACAACCACAUGCUGAGGAUGAUGCUGAGGGAGCUGCGGACCAAGUACCGCAGGCGCAGGCCCCUCACCCUCCACUACGCCGACAUCUACCGCCCCGUGAUCGAGGCCGUCGCGUCCCCCGCCUCGUACGGCUUCGGCGACACGCCGCUGGCAGCGUGCUGCGGGGGCGGUGGCGGCCCCAACAACUUCAACUUCAUCGCCUUCUGCGGCACGCCGGCGUCGACCACGUGCACCGACCCGUCCAAGUUCGUCUCCUGGGACGGGAUCCACUUCACCGAGGCUACCAACAGGCUUCUCGCUCGUAAAAUGCUUCAGGAACUGCUAAGCCGUGGAGCUUACAAUGUUGCAAUCUGAUUUUUCUAUGCCCGCGAGUCGUAUCAACGUGUUUCCCAUAGCGGAUCGGACCUAGCGUGGAACCUCUUGUGUAAUAAAAUAAUAAGUGUCAUCACAUUCCUCGCCUUUGACGACGAGAGAACCGGAUUUCCUUUUUCUAUUAUCCAACAAAAGAUACAUUACCGUUG